CGACUGCGCUCAGUUCUCGUCGGUGUUUGUCGCGUCAUUUGCUUCAAUGUCCGCCCGCUGGCUCUUGCUUCUCGCGACGCACUGCUCCGCUGCGCUCCGAAACCCCUUUCGCGCAGCGCCGACGCACUUUGAUUACAUCAUCGUCGGCGGCGGCACGGCCGGCUGCGUGCUCGCUGAUAGGCUCUCGGCGGCGUCGAAACAGGUGCUCGUGCUAGAGCCAGGCCCGUCGCCAGCCGCGGAGCUCAAGAUUGCGGCGCCGGUUGCGCUGACCAAGCUCUUCGGCUCAGAGUACGACUGGGGCUUCCGCUCGGCGCCGGCGCCAGGCACCGCCGGCCGAGAGGUGCACCUGUGCCGCGGAAAGUGCCUCGGAGGCUCCAGCGCGACCAACGCGCUGCUCUACCUGCGCGGCACGGCGGCCGACUUUGACGGGUGGGGGCUGGACGGGUGGGGCUCCGAAGCGAUGCUCGCCUCCUUCCUCGCCGUGGAGGCGCAGAGGGACGCCGCGUUUCGCACCGACGCGCUCCACCACGGCAGCGGCGGCGCGGUGCCCGCCGAGACGCCGCGCUACGCGAACCCGCUCUCGGAGCGCUUCCUCGAGGCGGCGGCGCAGGCGGGCCACCCCUCCAACGCAGACUUCAACGACUGGAGCCGGCCGCAGGCGGGCGUGGGCCGCUUCCAGCUCACGACACGGCGCGGCAGGCGAGCGCACUCGGCCGCCACCCACCUGCGUCGGGCGGCGCGGCGGCCGAACCUGCACGUGCGGUGCGGCUGCGCAGCGACGCGACUGCUCCUCGAGGCGGAGGGGGGGGGAGGAGGCGGAGGCGGAGGAGGGAAGACGCGGCCGUGGACGGGCCCGGCGGUCACCGGCCAGGCGGGGAGGCGCGCAGUCGGGGUGGAGUACAUCGACGCAGCGGGCGUGCAGCGGACGGCGAGCGUGAGCGGCGGCGGCGGAGGUGGAGGCGGGGAGGUGCUGCUGUGCGCGGGCGCGGUCUCGUCCCCGCACCUGCUGCUGCUGUCUGGCAUCGGGUCGCCGGACGAGCUGGCGGCGCACGGCAUCGGAGCCGAGGUGUGUCUGCCAGGCGUCGGUCGGAACCUGAUCGACCAGCCCGCCGUCGUGACUGGCUACACGGUCACCUCGCCCCUCUCCAUCACGGACGAGAUGUUCUGGCGGCGGAGCGGCGCCCUCUCGCCGCGCCGCGUGGGCGAGUGGCUGCUCCGCGGCUCGGGCCCGCUCGCGUCGAGCGGCUGCGACUUUGGGGGCUUCUUCUCCAGCCGGCCGGGGCUGGCGCAGCCCGACCUGCAGCUCCGCUUUGUGCCCGGCCUGGGCACCUCUCCCGACGGCGUCUCGAGCUACCGCGACAUCGGCCGCGCGGGCAAGACGCCCUCCGGCCUCACGCUGCAGAGCAUCGCGGUGCGGCCGACCGCGCGGGGCUCGGUCUCGCUCUCCUCCGCCGACCCGUCCGCGCCGCCUCGCAUCGAGACCGGGUACGGCACCUCGGAGGCGGACCUGGCGACGCUGCGGCAGGGGCUGCGCCUCUCACGUGAGCUCGUCGCGCAGCCCGCUUUCGACGGCGUGCGGGGCGAGGAGGCGUGGCCGCGCGCCGCGUGUCGAUUACGCCGCCCAGGCGACGACGCCGCCCUCGACGAGUACAUCCGCUCGACGGCGCAUUCGGCCAACGCGCUCGGCGGCUCCUGUCGCAUGGGGCGCGCGACUUCGCCCGCCCGGCUCGUGGAGGGGUCGGACCCGCUCGCCGUCGUCGACCCCGCGCUGCGCGUGCGGGGCGCGAGCGGGCUGCGUGUGGUGGACGCGUCGGUGCUGCCCACCCUGCCCGGCGGCCAGCUCGGCGCGACGACGUUUGCCCUCGCCGAGCGCGCCGCCCGCAUCAUUUUGGGCGAGAGGGCGGCGGGCGAGGCCGAAGCGCCGGCCGAGCGGCGUCAAGAGCACGCGCAUGCGCUCGGGGCGGCCUGAGCGACGCGGCGAAUGCGCUCGGUUGCGCGAACGCUCUCGUCUCCGAGUGCUGUAACGGCGUGUGGCAGCUCUGCCUUGCCCAACGAGCCGACAAUGUCGGAGACGGAGGCGAUGCGAGCGCUGCGCCGGCGGCUGCGCAUGGCAUGGCGAGAUUGCACGUUGUUGUACUGUCUCCAAGGUACCGCUUGAUCGCAUGCGUGGGAGUUAGCCUGGUCCCUGGACCCGCUGGACCAGGCUCACAUACACAUUACACUGUCUCGGGGAGGUCUCCGCCCCACACGCUACAGGCGGUCUCUAGGAAAAUAGAAAGUACACAUGUACAUGUUGUGACAUGAUAAAGUAUACUGAAACG